AUGCGUGUCCAAUUAGAACAAGGCCUGACAUUUUCGAUUCGUUCUGCUCGUACCUAUAAGGGCUACAUUGUCUAUGUUCCCAAAAGCGAAUUUCUGUUGAUUGCUGGCAAUUCGACUCGGGACACAGACAACGAUAUCAAAGAAGCCAUCCUUCGUACUUUUAAAGCAGACAGCAUCAUGUUUCAAUACGUGCGAGAUAAAGCAGUAGAACAUUUUCGUAAUUUUACUCGUGUCCGUCAAGAAGGCGGUGUGUUUGCUCAACUUCGAAAGAACCAAGUAGAUGCUAAUCCUUUGGAUAUCAGACAGAGCUCGAAAACAAAGGACUGGGAUGACAAAUUUGUGGAAGAAGGUGAACAAACCAGGCGUAUCAAGCCGAUAGAAGAUAAGAAAUUAGUGGCUCGAUUUGAUGUAUUGAAAAAUGAGUUUGGAUGGAACAGUCAAACACAAUCGGAUUUGGCCAAUGUCAAGUUUGAACUCAAUUUACGUGGAAAGCAUGUACCUAUGGGCAUUAAAUUUAUGGUAGAGAAAGGAUUGGUUGAGAUGCCAGCACCAGAAUGGUUGACUUCAGUGCCUUCAACAAAUGCCACCUAUUUUCAUGUAACAAAAGAUGGAGCAAGUCAGACAAAGCCAAAUCAAAAUGCAGAGGAUGAGGAAAUGGAAGAGCAAGAAGAGACACAAGAUGUAGAAUCACAAGCAGCAAGUGACUCUGAGUAG